CUACCAUUCGAUAGACUAUCCAUGCUACAGCCCAGAGAGUCCGGAUGAUGUCAAAUCCAGUGUCAUAUGCUCGUUCAACUGGCAAUGUGUUUGUGGUAAUGUUUUUUCGAGUGUAGAAAAUUUUAAUUGGGAAAUUUGUUAAAAAAAAUUAAAAGCAAAAGAUGGCUCAACAUCCUGUCUUGAUGCGCGUUGUUGGCUUCUCAAUAACAGCCGCCAAUCGGGCUGGAGAAAUAAUCCGGGAAGUGAUGAAUAAGGGAGAACUUGGAAUUGUUGACAAGGGCAAAGAUGACUUGCAAACUGAAGCAGACAGAUCAGCUCAGAGAUGCAUCGUGGCAUCACUGAAUAAACUCUUUCCCAAGGCAAAAGUUAUUGGUGAGGAGGGAAAUAUUGAUUUGAAAAUACCACAGGAUUGGUAUACAAAUGAGCCUGAUCAGGAUUUUCUCAAGAACAAAUGUCCAGAAUCCUUGAAGAAUGUUUCAGAGGAGGAUCUGGUAAUUUGGGUGGAUCCUCUGGAUGGAACAUCUGAAUACACUCAGGGAUUCCUGGAGCAUGUGACCGUUUUAAUUGGGGUUUCUGUGAAUGAACGUGCAGUCGGGGGAGUUAUUCAUCAGCCCUACUUCAAGACAGACACAGGAAAGAUUGGACGCACCAUUUGGGGAGUUAAGGAGCUGGGAAUUGGAGGAAUUAGUCCUGCUACUUUGCCAAAUAAUAAAUUCGUGGUCACCACAACAAGAUCACAUUCAAAUGCAGUUGUCCAGAGUGCUCUGGACGCUCUCAAACCCGAUGAAAUCCUUCGAGUUGGAGGAGCUGGAUACAAAAUUAUCCAAUUGCUUGAGGGAAAGGCACAUGCGUAUGUCUUUGCCAGUGCUGGAUGCAAGAAAUGGGACACCUGUGCUCCAGAGGCUGUCCUGGAAGCCAAUGGAGGCACCCUAACCGACAUGAUGGGGAAUCACUAUUUGUACGGGAAGGGUGUUCAAUUUCCCAACAAAGGAGGAGUUCUGGCCACAGCCAAAGGUGUCAACUACCAAGAUGUUUUAGAUAGGAUUCCACUUCACAUAAAAGAGGCGAUAUCGAAGAAUAUGUAAAAAAAAAAUAUAUGUCAGUAAUGUUAUUAAAUGACAAAGUUUUAAGGGAAAAUCAA